UUUAUUUAAUAGAAAUGGAAGAUACUUUUCGGAUUGGAGAAAACAUGAAUCGUCAAAUAGUCAGUUUAGAGAAAGAGAUACUGAGAGAAAGCAAAGCUGUGGAUGAGAGGUUAUGAAGAGACCUGCAUUUGAGUAUUGUUUCAAAUGAGCUAACAGUCCCGACAUUAGAUGCAGACCCUUACCUUAGUGAUAAUACUCAAGAACUAUGCUUGGAAGGUGACCAGGCACAUUAUCUAAAAUUUAUUCAAAAGUUAUAUCCGCUUAAGCUCUUCAAUGUUCAUAGAAUAUCUCUUGAGUGCAUCGAUAACAAAAAUAAGCACUUUGAGGUGUUUAUGAAGGAUUCAUUUCCAAUGAGAGUAAACGAGUGCUUGAUCAUGACUGAUUUGGAAUAUAACAGAAGAAUAUCUUACUAUUUUGACCCAAUUAUUAGAAUAAAUCAAAGAGUUCAGAGGAAAAUGACUCUCUCAGGAUUCAAUGUGGGCGAACGUCAGUUAAAGAGAUUGAUAAUCUCUUACAGACAUGUUAAAGAAUUUGGUCUCCGUUUUUGAGAACUUUCUCUACAGACUGUUCCAGAUUUCUCAUAUUCGUUGAAGGCUACUCAGAUAGAAAGCAUUGACUUUGAAGGCUCAGAGGGGAUUUUUGAAGGAGAUAAUGAAGGGAACCCAGAUGGAUUCCAGAAUUUAAUGAUUGGCUUAGCAACUUCUCCUGAGCAAAAGCUAAAGCUUACUCGAAUAAAACUCACAUUUUGCUCUAUAGAACUUAAUAUGGCACAAGCCAUUUGAGAAGAAAGUGGCUUUGACAGAGUAAACAUAGAAUGCUAAUUCCUAAGUCUUUCAUAAGU